AUGGCGUCGACAACACGCGCAGCGCCGCCUCAAACCUCAUCCGCCAAUGGCUCUGGCGAUGCUCCACCGCCGAGGACGAGGAAAUCACUUCCAAAGGUAAAAACGGGUUGUAGCAACUGCAAAAAGCGGAGAAUCAAGUGCGACGAGCAAAGACCAGCUUGCCGCCGCUGUGUCCUUUCCGGAAAGAUAUGUUCUGGCUACCCACCCCCGCCUCGGAGCGCAAGGCCCUCGGAGGCGAUUAAGAUCGCACCAAAACCCCUCGUGGCCAUGGCCGCGGGUGCGCCACCACCCAACCAUGAGCCCGUCCAGCUGCCCCCGAGACGAUUCGCGAAAUACCAGCGACGCACCACCCCGCCGAUGACGCCGAGUACGCCGAAUCCCAUGACCGUACUGUACCACCCCUCGAUGGACCUCCCGUUCAGUGACCAGGAAGGCCAGUAUUUCCACUUGUUCCGUGAGCAUACAGCGAAUGAGCUCUCUGGCUUCUUUGAUUCGGCUUUCUGGACUCGGAGUGUUUUGCAGGAGUGCCAUUCAGCAACAGCAAUUCGCCAUGCCGUCGUCGCGCUGGGCGCGUUAUACAAGACCCUGGAAAAGUCGAACGAAUCGCCGCCGACAUCGCCGUACCCGGAUAGAGACCCCGCUGAUUCCGCAAUACGGCACUGGGAGAUGGCGUUUAGGCAGUACUCCAACGCUUGUAAUGCGUUGGUGAAGACCGAGACGGCCGAGUCCACCUCGCACCGUACCAGGUUGAUGGCAAGUGUCCUAUUGGCCUGUUUCGAUUCCUUCGUUGGCGACCACAGACAAGCCAUUGUCCAGAUCCAGACCGGGUUAGGGUUACUGGAACAGCUGCGUGCCGAGAGGAGGCGGGCCUUUCUCUCUUCAUCCGACGAGCCCGUCGAGGAGGAGCUGACGCAGAUGUUCACCCGGCUCGCGAUUCAGGCCAAAUCCUACGACAUGGCCUUCCACUUUCCUCAACCCUGGGUCGUGCGCUUAACUGCGAGCCAGGGGCAAGACCCCGCCUCCCCUGCAUCGGACGCCGCGUCGCCGAUAAGCAUCAACCAAGACCCCUUCCCGGACCGCUUCGCAUCAGUCAUGGAAGCCCGACUGGCCUGGGACAAGCUGUGCGAGCGCAUCUUCCGCUUUACCGAAACUAUGUUCGCCCACGCCCAGAACGGCGUCAUGGGCGUCCUACCCACGUCCCUACAACACUAUGGCAUCUCCUUCAAGAAGGAUAUCGAGGCCUGGUCCCAAGCUUUCGAUCACAUUCUCGCGUCCAGGACAGCCCCCGGCGUAAGCAGCCAGGAGAAGGCCGCCAUUGCGGUCCUUAAGAUGUUCCAAAUAAUGAGCAAAAUCCUCUUCCUCAUGACCUUUAGCGACAGCGAGAUGCAUUUUGACAACUUCACCCCUUACUUCAAGGGUAUCAUCGACCUUGCGCUUGAGGUAGUCGGCGACGAGGAACGGAGAGCCGCGGCGAAGCGGUGCCCCGACCCCACAUUCUGCCGUCACCAAGACCGUUGCGAGCCCGACAUCUUUGGCGGUCACGAGUACGCCGCUCGCCACAUCAAGCCCAGCUUUAGUGCCGACUUGGGUAUUGUCCCGCCGCUGUAUGUCGUCGCUACCAAGUGCCGCGAGCCGCACAUUCGCCGGCAGGCCAUCCAGCUGCUGCGAAGUAGUGCCCGAAGGGAGGGCAUGUGGGACAGCGAGCUGACGGCCCGGAUCGGCAUCUGGAUUGCCGAGACUGAGGAGGAGGACGUUGACCUGUUCAGUGGCGGCUACGGUAACAACAUCCCCACGCCCGGUUCCAGCCCCGUCCAGACCCACUCCCACCCGACCACCGGCGGCGAGAGCCCUCAGUCACAAGCGCACUCGGAAUACAGCAACGGCCGUUGGGAGAAGUCUGUGUCUCCCGGCGCGAGCUCAACCCGCACCUCUUUCUCCUCCGUCCGCUCCCCGGAACAGCAACGCAAGAUGAUACCCAUCCCUGAAGAGAAGCGGGUUAUGGUCAGAGCCGUCGAGUUCGAUCUGCGGGAGCGUUCCGCCGUGAUCCAGCUCGGGUCAAGGAACCUCAAGACAGGGACACCAGACCUGAAGACGAAAGUGACCAAGAUUACGUGGUAG